AUGGCCUGCCCCAUCAGCGUCAGCAAGUUCGUCGGCACCGUCUCCCUCGGUCUGCUUACGGGCCUCUCCUACUCAACCUCAUCAAUCACGAUCCCCGCCCUCCAACUCCUCCCAACAGCGACCUCAGCAGCCCGCUCCCUCAACGAGGUCAAGCGCUUGAGUCGCCGAUAUGCCCUCCGCCUCUCCUUCCUGACCAACUCCUGCUUCUGCUUCGCCUGGUGUUUGUCCUCCCCUCGUCGCCGUCACCCCUACAUGGUCUGGCUGUGGGCAUUCUCUACUGUCAGCGCACACGGUGUGGACUUUUGGUUCAACCGUCAUCUCGGCUUCAAGAACUGGGUAUCCGCCGUCAUCCGGGAUGUGUCGCACUUCUCUCUGACGGAGGCUAAGAAGGAUGAGGAUUUGGUGGUUGUGGAGUCUGAGAAUGAUGUCAAUGGAGAGACUGUGCAGCGUGAGAUGGAGCGGGAGCGCAAGCUGCACCGUGUGCGGGCUUGGUUGUCCGGCAUUGCACUUUCGAUUGGUAUUGUUGGACUCUGGGGUGACAAGCGGUGA